AUGUGAACGUGGAUCAGUCGUUUGUUUACGUUCGUGCUGCGAAGUUGAGUUCGAGUCCGAGAGCCGAGAGGCUGUCCUCCGAGUUCUACCGCACUGGCGGAUUUUGUUAACGGAGGCAGCUUGUUUACAACUUUAUUUUCCCAUCGAUAGCUUCCAGCUGGAAUAUUCUCGCAUAUGUGAGCUCACGGUUGGAUAAUGCUCCAACGUGAUACUGUUAUUCACCUAGUUGCUGGCGGCUACUUUGUUGGUGCUGCCGGCCACCUAGCUGAAGCUUUACCCGCUAGCCUAACUUUCCCGAUCAUGCAUCUUGAGUUGUGGCAGUGGCAGUGUGUACCAGUGGAUAGCUGCAUAACUUUGGAGACCACCCACUGGCCGUGUUGCACCCGGAACACAUAAAACCGCUGGCACAGCAGGUGCUAUAGUAACAUGCCCUUUGGAAGUAGUCAAGACACGCCUGCAGUCAUCAAGCGGAUUCCAAGUUCAUAAUGUGAGCCUCCCUAAGAUAGCGUCUGCUGAAGGUGGCAGCAGCCAUGUUACCUGCAAGACUUUGCUACCGCCUCACCAGCGGCGGAGACUCACCACCAUGGCGGCACGGCACACUCAAGUCCUUUCCAUUUCACACUGCGGAGUGGCAGGUGGCCCUAGCUCCAAAAGUAUGAGCAUCUACCAAUGCAUCAGGCACAUCGUGGAGCGCGAGGGCGUGCGCGCGCUCUUCAAGGGCCUGGGCCCCAACCUGGUGGGCGUGGCGCCGUCGCGCGCCAUCUACUUCUGCGCCUACUCGCAGUCCAAGGAGUUCCUCAACACCUGCCUUCCGCCCAACUCCGCCCCGGUGCAUGUGGGCUCCGCCUUCUGUGCCGGCUUCGUGGCGUGCUCCGCCACCAACCCCAUCUGGCUCGUGAAGACGCGGCUGCAGCUGGACCACAACGCCGACGGCCGGCCCAUGACGGCCAAGCAGGUCAUCCGGAGGGUGUACAGGCUAGGGGGCCUCAAGGGCUUCUACAAAGGCGUCACGGCGUCGUACUUCGGCAUCGCGGAGACGGUCAUCCAUUUCGUCAUCUACGAGGCCAUCAAGGCCAAGCUGUCCUCCGUCCGAGCGCCCUCCCCAGACGACUCUAAGUCCUCCAGAGACUUCUUGGAGUUCAUGGUGGCGGGGGCGUUCUCCAAGACCGUGGCCUCGUGCAUCGCCUAUCCCCACGAGGUGGCACGCACACGGCUAAGGGAAGAGGGCACCAAGUACCGCUCAUUCUUCCAAACUUUGAGCGUGGUCAUGGCUGAAGAGGGAUACCGAGGACUGUACAGGGGACUGUGGACCCAACUAGUCCGACAAAUUCCAAACACAGCCAUCAUGAUGGCUACUUAUGAAGCUGUUGUUUAUGUUCUUACUCGUCACUAUGGGCACCAAGAAGAAACCCAAUUUUAUGAUGUUGAUGAAAUAGAAGAUGAUGAUUUAAGGCAUAAGAUGUAGGAGUCAUGUCUAUUUUAUUAUUAUUUUUAAGAAAAGAAGAAGAAAAUCAGUAUUCUAUGUAAUACAUGAAAGUUCUACUUUGCAUCUCUCUUUCAACAGCAAGAAUAAGACAGUAUUUUUAUUAUUAUUUUGUUUCCGCUUUAAAAAAUAGUGUCUGCCUUGACUUGUGGAUAAUUUUAGUAAUCUUCAGGAGAUACAUGUUUUGUAGUGCCAUCCAUUUUGAUUGAAAGUUAAUUUUUAAGCCAGCCUCCUGGCUUCCUGGCUCUUGUUUUGUAAUCAAAAAGUUUCCACCGCUGGUUGAAGGCUGAGAAAUGGUGGUAUUUGGAAUUUGUCAUGUUUGUUUCUCGGUCAAUAACUCCUUUCAUACUUAACUUUAUGUCAGUUGACUGCAAUGUAAUCUGUUUCCAUUACACUAGUCUCCAUUUCGUCAUUUUAGUCAUGUUUAUAAAGCAGAAAUUGGAACAUUUUCUGUUGUUUUCUACCCAUUUUGUUAGUGUUGAGGCUGUUGUUUAGGUGCCACAUCUAUCCAUCACACUUGUUAGUUGCUCAUGGUAAUACUUUUGAACUAGAUGUUAGUUCGGAUAUUUAUCAAAAUGUUAAAAUAGGAUAGCCAUUCACAACUUUGUGAAUAUUUGAUUUUACAGGAGGCUUCAUUGCAUUGUCACGUCACCUCAAUGGAACCUCAAAGCUUUGAAUUUAUUUUGUGCUGUGUAUGCGGCUGUUGAGAGGUCAAGUGUUGCCCUUUUUCUUGUUUUUCUUAUUGUAGACCUCAGCUUAAUAUUUCCCCCUUGUUUUAGCUGAGAAAGUUAUGCUUAAGUUAUAUUCUAGUUGCUGAAAAGUGAGGGUAAUUUGUAAUAACUUACUAUAAGACUGAAGCUAGGGUUUGCUUGAUAGUGAGAGUUCAGAAUGAGCUCAAAUUUCUUUGUUUUCCUUUCUAUUGUAUAAUACAUAAACCUGUGGUAAGAAUGUGAUAUCUAUAUUUGACCUGAAGAACUAUCAUAGUUUUAAUGAGACGUUGGGUGUGAAUGAAUUUUCCUCCUUCGGUUUAAAAUUUUAAUUUCUGUCAUCAGUGCACCAUAUUAUGACCUGUUAAUGAACUGUUAUAAAAUCAUGUUGACCACUGUAUCUUUUUAUUCUUUUAAGGCAAUUUGUGUGCCUACACGUAUAUUUUUGGGUUAAUGCUGCUAAUCUUUAUGAUGGUUUUUUUUUUUCCAUGUGAUUAU